UGAAUGUGAACGAUAUGCCAUAGGUGGUAGCUGCCAUAAGGGAUGUGACAUGAGAUAUAUGGUUUCAUCAACAUUGAUAACUGAUAAGUAUAAUGUAGAAAAGUAUUGGAGGAGUCAUGCCAUCUAGCGACAAGCAAUUAGCAUUCUCGGUGAAAACAGCAGCAUCUCGUGAGCUGCUAAACAAAGGUGCAAACAUCGUAAAUAUGUCUCAAGGCACUUCUCUGCCGCCAAAGGAUAAAGGUGCUGCUGAAGAACCUUUAAAGGCUGUGGGCACAAAACGGCUGCAUACUGAUGCUCCUUCAAGCCCCGUUUAUCAUAAUGUUUAUGUACGGCGAAAGGUGGAAACCGAACAUAAUAAAGUGAACUUGUCUCCGGAGAUGAAGGUUAUUGGCAAGGACAAAACAAAGCAGCAGGAGGAACAGCGAAAUGUGGAAACUGAACAUAGUAAAGUGAGUUGUUCUCAGGAGUUGAAGGGUAGUGGAAGUGCGAAAACAAAAGGGCAGGAGAUACAGAAAAUGGAAACUGAACAUAGUAGAGUGAACCCUUCUCAGGAGUCGAAGGGUAGUGGAAGCGAGAAAACAGAGGAGCAGGAGGGACAGAAAGUGAAAACUGAACAUAGUAAAGUGAGCUCUUCUAAAGAGUUGAAGGGUAGUGGAAGCGAGAAAACAACGGAGCAGGAGGAACAGAAAAUGAAAACUGAACACAGUAAAGUGAGCUCUUCUAAAGAGUUGAAGGGUAAUGGAGGAGAAAAAAUAGAAGAGCAAGAGGAUCAGCAAAUGGUGCAAUGUGAUCAAGUCAGUACGCCAGAAGUGGCACCUCCUAUUGCUGAAUCUGGAAUAAAAGAGCGGGAUGAACAACAAACGGUGCAAGUGAAUAAGCCAGAAGUGGCACCUCCUAUUUCUGAAUCUGGAAUAAAAGAGCAGGAUGAACAGAAAACGGUGCAACAUGAUGAAGUCAAUAAACCAGAAGUGGCACCUCCUAAUGCUGAAUCUGGAAUAAAAGAGCAGGAUGGACAGCAAACGGUGCAACAUGAUCAGGUCAAUAAGUCAGAAAUGGCACCUAUUCCUGAAUCUGAAAUAAAAGAUCAGGAUGAACUGCAAAUGGUGCAACAUGAUCAGGUCGAUAAGCCAGAAAUGGCACCUCCCAUUGCUGAAACCGAAAUAAAAGAGCAGGAGGAACAGCAAACUGUACAACAUGAUCAGGUCAAUAAGCCAGAAGUGGCACCUCCUAUCUCUGAAUCUUGCAUAGAAGAGCAGGAGAAACGGCAAAUGGUACAACCAGAUCAAGUCGAUAAGUCAGAAGUGGCACCUCCUGUGGCUGAACCUAGGAUAACAGAGCAGGAGGAACCGCAAUUGGUACAACCAUAUCAGGUCAAUAAGCCAGAAGUGGCACCUCCUGUUGCUGAACCUAGAAUAACAGAGCAGGAGGAACUGCAAAUGGUACAACAUGAUCAGGUCAAUAAACCAGAAGUGGCACCUACUAUCGCUGAAUCUGUAGAUCUAGUCUCAUCUGAAAUGUCCGAAUCUGGAGGGCUAGAGCCAUCUAAAUCUCCUGAAGAAACACAUGCAGAAACUGUACCAAAGAUAAAUGAGCUGCCGAUUGCUUCUGCUAACGAGCCCCCGGUCGCUCCUAGCACCACCGUUCAAGGUGAUAUCCAUAGAUCAGGCAACCAAAAUCCUUACUGGAGUGAGAGAUAUGAUCGGUUACAGACAUAUUUGGAGAACUGUGAUCGGUCACCCCAGGAGGGUUAUAUGCGAAUGCUCAGGUCACUCUCAGCAGCCGGUCGAAGCAUGCAUGCGAUUGAGCUGGAGAAAAGGGCAAUACACCUCCUAGUGGAGGAAGGUAAAGAGCUGCAACGGAUGAAGGUUUUGAAUGUUUUGGGGAAAGUUUCUCCGAACGGCCCUUCGAAGCAGGACCCCUUGCAGCGGCCGUGCCCGAAAUGAGACGGUUGAAGAUAUAUCCCUGUAGAGCCAAACAUAUAUGCAUCAUGUAUACAGUACAUUGCAGACAGGACAUGCUCUGCAUAGCACUUUUCUUCUCAGGGUUUUCCUUUUCCUUUUGUUUUUACCUAUACUCGGUGCUGUGCUGUUGGUAUGUUGUUAUAUGGUGUAAUUAUAAGAGUUAACUUGUUUGGUUAAACCUGCCAGGCUUAAUGCCCAAGCCUACUAACUGUUUAUACCCAUGUGUGCCUUUUGAUUUA